UCUAUCAGUCGUCCUUAACAUUUCAGACAAACAUCACCUCGAUAAAAAUAGGUGUUCCGUAAUCACAGUGUGCCAUUGAAAAUACAAAAUCUGUAAAUGCUAAAAUUAAAUUAGUUUGUUGUAUUCGGAAUACAGGAUUUGGAUGCUGUUUAUAGAAGUAGCAGAUGCAGUGAUAAACAAAGAUGGUGAAAUUAAACUUGAUGUUACUAUUGGCGUUGUUAAUACAAACGGUGGGAGUGCUAAGUAGAGAUGUGAGUGAGAGUGAGAGGGCUGCGAGGGCGGCGUUCGUUCAAAAACUGCUGAACAAACGGAAGCAUUUGGAGGGAAAGCUACGGCUGGUCGGAGGCGCAGACAAGUACGAAGGUAAUGUUUACAUUUACCACGCUGGGCAAUGGGGAGCUGUCUGCGACGACUCCUGGGAUGAUGCUGCAGCUCGCGUAGUUUGCAACGCCUUUAACAAGACAGGAGUCGCCACGGUAGGAAGCGAGUUUGGAGAAGCUGUUAGGAAAUACUGGAUGGAUGACGUAGUAUGUCAAGGUGAUGAGACAUCACUAGCACAGUGUAUUUUCACUGGCUGGGGAUCCUCAGACUGCGAUGCCAGUGAGGCUGCUGGAGUCGUGUGCGUAGAUAAAGAUGAUUACAGCGUUCCUUCUAAACAAAUAAAGGAGAAAGGAGCUAAAUUACUUGAUAUUCUGGAUGUUCGGACUACAAGCUUGAGAUUGGCUGGUGGGAGAAGUAACUUAGAAGGAAGAGUUGAGAUCUACCACAAUGGUACCUGGGGCAGCAUCUGCCCUGAAGGCUGGACAAUAUAUGAAGCCUUAGCUGUAUGCCGUCACCUAGCUCUUGGUCAUGCGGUACAAGCUCUUCAAACAGAUUACUUCGGCAGUUCCAAGCUGGUUUUGAAUGGCGUUGAAUGCGAGGGAAACGAAACGAAUUUAUUUUUCUGCAGGCAUCAACAGUACGGGAAAGUGUUCUGUCCUAGAGAAAAUGAACAUGUAGCAGCUGUCGUUUGCUCUCAUGAAUUGGCAGAUUUAGAACUAGACUCGAUGGUAAUCGAACGUACUGCCCAUCUGCAAGAUGUCAUGAUGUUCCAACUACAGUGCGCUAUGGAGGAAAACUGCUUGAGCAAAUCGGCUUACGAGAUUCAGAAACACAACCCCGACUGGCAGUUUGAGACUCGUCGGCUGCUUCGCUUCACAGCGUCUUCGCUGAACAAAGGCAACGCGGACUUCAGACCCUAUCUACCAAAGCAUCUUUGGCAAUGGCAUCUCUGUCAUAUGCAUUACCACAGCAUGGAAGUGUUUGCCACGUUCGAUGUGCUAGACCACACCGGCCGUAGAGUCGCUGAGGGUCACAAGGCGUCCUUCUGUUUAGAAGACAAUACCUGUCAGCCAGGAAUCGACAAGCAAUAUUCCUGCAAGAACUAUGGAGAUCAAGGCAUUUCAAUCAACUGUUCCGAUGUGUACCAGUACAACAUAGAUUGCCAGUGGGUGGAUGUGACGGAUGUCGCGCCCGGAGAUUACAGAUUCAAGGUGUCAGUGAACCCCCACGCUCGGGUUCCUGAGCAGAGCUACCACAACAACGCAGCCUCCUGCCAACUCCGGCUCACAGAAACCUACGCCGCGGUCUUCGGCUGCAGACUUGAAAGACCUUAGACUAAAAUCAACUCAGUCAUUACUAAGUCAAUAUAGAUCUAUAUAAUAUAUAAA